AGUGACUCCCAACUUCACUCCUCAAGGUCAUAUCCACUCGAUGUCUGCAUGGCUUUCUUGGAAUUCCUUACACAAAACUUUCCAACGAAUACACCAUUCUCUGAACUGUCUAAACCAGUAAAAGUUGUCGACUCUAUUAUGUCCCUAAUGCUCUCCUACCUAUCUUCAUCUAACCAAGUCUGCUCUGUGGCUAACUCUUCGAAGAAGAAAUUCACUGCUUUAUUUCCAACCCCAGGGUCGUCCCAAGAUAGCUCGAACGAUCCAAGUCGGGAGAAAUUCCUACUACUUUGUCUCACUUUUUUGACAAAGCUAUUUCCAUUAAAUACUGGUCAGUCUAAACUGUCUGACAAUCUUGUCGCCGAGAACUCGACUAUGGAAAAACUACUUGAAUGUUUAAAUAUGUGUCGUGGUGAAUCUUUUGAGCUUCUUGAAAUCGGAGUGAAUAUUGUUUCAGGAGAUUUGUCCGAGGUGCAAGGACUCGAGAAGCCGAGUUCAAUUGAAGAUGGCGUUAUGAAGAUAUUCUGCCUGCUUUACAAGCAUACUCAACAAAGAGAUACAAUUGUGCGUAGUUUGUUAAAGUUCUUUUCAAGUGAUGUCCAAGGUGGUAAAACGCAGCAAGAUUCGUACUAUCAUAUCUCGGAGCUGCUACUCUGGAUUUUACUUAAAUUAUUAGACUGUGAUGUUAAUUUUCAAAUAUUUUGCGAAAAUGGUAAGUCCUUUGAAAUAAAAUAGGAAUCUAGGAAUCGUCUCAUUCACAAAAACAUCAUGGAAAUUUAGACCUUUGUAUGCAAGGCAGCUUGAGAUUUGAGUAUCAUACCCCUAGAUCCACCAGUGAUAAAUUGUCCCGACUGAGGGCUCUUUUCCACCCAUCGCAGAAAUCAACUCGGCUGCUCGUUGCUAGUGCCUGCAUCUAAUUAAACUAAACUGUCGAGCAUUGUGAUUGGAUGAAAGCACUUGCAUCGAGUUUGCGAGUUCAAAAGAAGCUUGGCACUAGAGAUAGAUGCCCAUCAAACCAAAACCAUCUGCAUAGAUCACACUAUUCGUGCUACUAUCUUGGAUACCCAAACUUUGAUACCGUUCCAGCCAAUAUUGCAAAGUUAAUGCACAUCGACAAAACAAACUUUAUCACUUCCCCUCCCCCAGUUCAAUGUUGUAAACAAAGCAGAAACAACUUUUGGUAAUUGACCAUAACACAAGCUCAACAUUGAGUUGGGGGAGCGGGGACUUAAGAAGAGCAACAUGUUUCAUUUAUCGUAAGGGAAAGGUAGUCUAAACCUAAGAUUGUAGUUCAUCUGGUUAAUUUAUCUUGUGUUUCUACUAUAGAUGGAAAGCUCAUUUGUUUAACUGGGAUCAAUCUUUUUUUUCAUCUUUACUUAAGGUGGCAUAGAAGUUAUCUGUAGUAAAUUGUCACGUGCUACAUCACGUGCCUUACACCCAGUCCGUGGAGUUGUGUCAACUGUUGUGCACCAACUUGGAGUUAAGAUUCAUUCAAAGAUUGAAGGAGAAAAACAUCUAUUAGCGGCUGCAUUGGAGAGUGAUAAACCCUUGGUGAACUUUGCACCUUAUGGUGAGUACGAUUGCAGACUGUGUCGUACUCUAAAUUCAUGCUAAAUGCAUUAUGCAUUUACACUUAUUUAUGCACGGUAACAUCUCAACCAUAUCCUAACUAUUAAAAAUUAAAAGUUAAAAAUCUAUCGGUGUUUACGUUUAGAAUAUUAAAAAUACAAUAAAAAGUUAUUAAAACAAAUUAUAAGGUUGAUUUUCAACAGUGACCCACUUAACCAAGACUAUUUAUCUUAGCAGUAUUAUCUGGAAUAUUUAUCUUAACAACAGUGUUACAACUAUGUUUAUCCUAACCCACCCUGUCAACUUUCCCUGUCAAUAAACUUGGCAUCCGGUUUCGUAAUCUCUUAAUAAAACCCUAACAUUAACCCUAACCCGCAUCGAACGCCCGUGAGUUAGUCAAAUCUCUACCGUUCCUAACUUUUAAUAAUAUUUCUCUUCAGGUACCAUUCAUUGUCCCUCUCACAGUGCGUCAAGUGUCGCUGAUAAUCUCAUAUCCACUGCUGUCCCUACCCGGCGAGCCCGCAGUGCUGCAUGGAUACAUCAUUUCGAUCACAAGGAUACUUGGUGUCCUCUCUAUAUAAAUCUUCCUAAUACUGUCAUCGUACAUGAAGUAGUGAUUCAGCCACAUUCAGCGUCGCUUUCAAGUAGGUAUUGUUGUGUUUCAGAAAGCGGCAGUAGAUGGUGGACAACUUCAGAAAUGUCAACACUUGCACAGGAACUAGAAACUU